AUGAGAAUCCCCCUUUCAUUGCCCGAGCUGGGGACUGCUAUCAAGCUGCCUAGCGAGAAGUGGGAACAGGCUGAGUGGCUGCUGGGUUUCCAGAACCCGGGGGGCCGCAUCCUCCUGCAGGCCAUCCAGAAACCGGAGCAGGACGAGUGGGGGAAUGGGGAGGCCACCAUGGACUUCGCCCUGAAGCUGGAGAACGUCAACCAGGCACUGCUGGACCUGCACAAGGUGGCCACGAGCCACGCAGACCCACACAUGUGCGAUUUCCUGGAGACCCACUACCUGGACGAGGAGGUGAAGCUCCUCAAGAAGCUGGGCAACCACGUGACCAACCUGCGGCGUGUGGGGGCGCCCAAGGCGGGGCUGGGCGAGUAUCUCUUCGACCGGCUCACCCUGGGCGACAGCAGCUGAGCCCCGAGCUGCCCGCGGUGCCGGCCCUUUAAAUCCU